AAGGGUGGGCCCAUUAGCCCCUCCAUCUCAGGGCUUCGGCCUUUUGAAUAAUUGGGGACUUGGGGUCCAACGUUGCGUGCAACGGAACGAACCGUGGGUAGCUCAACUGGCUUCACUGUUCUGGUUUGUUCUCGUUAAAGCCUAAUGGGAGAGGAAGGAACACCAGGUGUUUGCUAUAAUGCCUGUGAGAAAGAAAGGUUGGAAAUUGAUGAAGAGGGUCAUUCGUUCGUGUUUUUCAUAAAAAAUGAUUGUGUGUUUGUCCAUCCUGUGGAAUUUGUGCCUGGGGACCAAUUGCUUUUGGGGCACAAAGUAAAGAGGGGAGAGCCUGACAAAACAGAAGUCCAUCAUUUCUGAAAUUUUGGAUAUUGAUUGCAAAUUUCAAGUUGCUCAUAAUUGCAAAUGAUCCUCUCCUCUAUGAAGAUUUCCAGGCAUGCAAAAAGAAUCCGUAGGUCUCCACUUCUUUCUUUGAAGCUUCUUUUCUUGUCUAAGGCUAUGUCUUUUUCUGCCCUUUAUCUUUUUUGGAAUGAACGAAUAGAAUGUCGUGAGUUUU